CGUGACCAGUUUAAAGUGGGAGUGUAAAGAUGGCCGCCACCGUAACCAAGUCAAAUCCUGUCCGAUUGAGAAGUUUUUGUUUUUUACGCUCAAUGUUUCACUUCAAAAACAUCCUUGAAUCAACAUGUUUGUUUGUCGCCCUUUGUGUUUUGAUGGGCCACUCGUUGGCGGAGGAGCAGGAGUUUGUUGAGGAUUUUUUGAAGCGGGAGUUUUCUUUGGCCAAGCCUUACCGAGGUCUGGGCUUCUCUAGUUCUUCACAAUGGGACCUGAUGGGCACUGCCAUGGUUACACCUGACUAUGUGAGGCUUACCCCAGACCUGCAGAGCAGACAGGGGGCAGUAUGGAGUCGGGUUCCUUUCUCCUUGCGGGAUUGGGAGCUCAAGGUGCAAUUUAAAAUUCACGGUCAGGGGAAGAAGAAUUUGAAUGGGGAUGGCCUGGCCUUCUGGCUAACCAAAGAUCGCAUGCAAAAUGGUCCUGUGUUUGGCAACAUGAACCACUUCGUUGGACUUGGAAUAUUUGUGGACACUUACCCAAACGCUGAUAAAGGCCAUGAUAGGACUCAACCUGGAACUCAGAGGGCUUUCCCGUUCAUAUCGGUGAUGCUGGGGAACGGGACUCUGUCCUAUGACCACGACUUCGAUGGACGGCCCACUGAACUUGGAGGAUGUACAGCUAUGACGCGCAACGCGAUCUAUGACACGUUUCUCCUCGUCAGAUACUCUAAGAACAGACUCACGCUCAUGGUGGACGUAGACGGUAGGCAGGAAUGGAAGGACUGUGCGGAUAUCACAGGACUCCGGCUUCCUAUGGGGUACUUCUUCGGUGCCUCCUCAGCCACUGGAGAUCUGUCAGAUAACCAUGACAUCAUAUCCAUGAAGUUGUACCAGCUGACAGUCGAGCGGGCUCCAGAGGAGGAAGAAGAGGAGGAGGUCACAAUCCCCAGUGUUGACAACAUGGAACAAUUUCACGUGGAUGUCCAGGAGGAAGGGAUGAGCGGGCUGCAGUUCUUCUUCACGCUCCUCUUCUCCAUCAUGGGCCUGGGUGUGCUGGCGGUGGUCGGGCUGAUGGUUUACGGGCGCUGGAAGGAGAACAGACGCAAGCGAUUCUAUUGAUCAGAGAACGGUUAAUCAUGUGUGUGUUCCUUAAUCAACACAAAGACAACGCAAAGACUGCCAUAGCUUUUCUGAACCAAACAAUCGAAUGAUCAAUGAAAAAAACGUUUCGAGAGCCAAGAGAACAAACGCCACCAAGACCAACAGUGGAGGGAUCACCAACAGGCCAACCAGCUGUGAAAUAUUCUUCUUUAUUUUUUGUGUUGUGGUGAUAAAAGCUGCUCCUUCUGCUGUUUACAGACGUUCAUCUCAACCUAAGGCACAUCGGGGUCGGUAACACCUGCACUAACUGAGACACUGUAGAUUUAAAGCGAUCCUCCAUAUGAGUUCCUGAUGUCCGUUAUGAAGGGACACACUCAAAAAAACAAAAACUUCAGAAUGAAUCACAGAUGCUGUAUGUACAUUACUGACAUCAUGUUACCAUGACCUUUACUGACAUGCAGAUACCUCUUACUGCCACUUGGUGCCGCCAUCAGGCAGCUAUAGCCCGAUCAGAAGCUGCUUUGAAGACCAGUCAACCUGUGGAUCGCUCUCUUUUUGUUGCACUGAUAAAUUCAAUUUGUAAAAUGCUCUUUUGAAAAUCGAGAGCCCCAGUGAGUCAAAGCACUUCUGUCCGCUCAACUGGAUUUUUUUGUCUGUAAAUGUAUGAUUGGUGAUAACUGGCUCUCUGUGCUGUACGUCUAACCCUGGGCCCUGUUUUCACAUAAUGUGGGCUCAGUAAUCACUAAUUGACAUGCUGCUCCAGUAGAUUGCUCCGGGUGGCGGUCGGGUUAAGACGGGCUGUAAUAGUUUCAACAUGAUCUUUCAGGGAAAAAUCAAACGGAUCAAAGACUUUCCACUUCAAGUGAUUAUUUGAAAAACCCUGGGUAGAAAUAAUUUUAAAAAAUUGGGCCGAGAUUUAAAAAAGAUUACCAGAAUUUCCAUGCAGUUAGCCGGGCUGUUUUAAAGUGCACAUUUGGACCAAUAAAGACGAGCGCUUUUUAUUUUCAACGUGUCAUCACGAGUUAAUUUUGGCUCUCUUUACUUUCUGAAAUGGUUAAUAUUUUCCUGUUAUGAUAAGUGGAUUUACUGUAUGUGUUUUCUUCUUCCUGUUUGUCACCAUAGAGCACCAAAUAUAAUGUAGCAUCUGUUAAACUUCUUUAACAAUAAGAAGGUUUUUAGUGGCGCUCAAUCCAACAGACCCCCGUGAAUUCAAAUAUUUAGUGAUCAUGUUGUUUUAGACGUUUUUGCUUGAGUAUGAACUGUGAAGUAGGUAGACGUAUGCAGGAUCACGUAGUUAUGUGAUUUUGAGUUAAAAUGAAAGUGAUGUGAAUCUGAAUAAUGUUUACUGCUGAUUUGUUUCACCUCUUAUAAUUUCUGCAAUCCCAUGAGCUGGUGCAGGGGCGUGUCCGGACUUUUUGGACGUUGGGGGGGCCCAACUGGAGGCGAUGACUUGAGCAGGGGUGGCCUGAAGUUUGGGUGCACAAACAUGAAUGAAGAGCAUUUAUUUACCCCUUCUGUUUGCACUAAUCAACUUGAAGUAACACAGGAUAAUAACAACAUAAACAUCUUCUUAGCUUCAUUCUUCAAGGACUCAAAAUGCCCAAAGUCUCAAUUUAAAGUAUUUUAAAAAUUUUCAAACAAACAUUUGAACACUGAAAACUAUGAACCAGCACAGCCUGAAUGGUGGAUUUUAACCAGUCCCACCUCUGAUUAGGCAAAUAGCCAAUCAUGGUUAAGGAUUUUGGGGUGGCCCAUACCACCCCUCUGGACACGCCCCUGAGCUGGUGCCUAUACACCUUACUGGUGUCCAAUGGAUGACAAAAAAUGUGGGCUUUGAUGCAGCUGCUGGAUACUAUGUCUUGUUUUCUUCUUCGCUCUGUUGACUGAUUCACCUCACUUUGAGUCAAACCACUCAUUUUGAAUCGCGCCAAAGUUCAGCCAAAUCCCACAUCAUGAAAUGUACAGCCAAUCACAGCCCAAUCAGCUGCUUCGACCGGGCGGAUCAUUUUCUGGCAUGUUUGAUAUUUUUUUGUCAUACGACUGCACACAUUUUCAUCCAGUGAGAGCAGAGCCACGACCCGAUUCCCUGACCCCCGGGUCUUUUACAUGAUGCCUGCACAAACUGGCAGACAGCGUGUGCCUGUUUGAUGUGUCUUCCAAUUUGUUAUGUAUUGCAUCAAAUAUAUGUUUGUCAAAUC